AUGAUGUUGGUAAAUACCAAACUAGAGUUAGCUGUCAAGCUAGUUCAGGAAUAUUUUACAGAAUACGCCACUGCUUCUGUAUCUUUUGAUAACUGGUUCAGUAAUGAGGUUGUGAAAGUAGAGAUUGUCUGCAAGAAGUGCGAAGAACAGCAAAUAUUGAAGCUGGCUGCUUUUGAGACUAUCAAGGACAAGCAAUGUAUGAUUAGUAUAUAUUCUGGAGAUGAAAUUCUAUCACAAUCAUUGUUUCAGUAUGCAGAUGAUAUGCAGGUUGUUGAUGCAAUAAAAUUACCCCUUGACUUUGAGGAGUAUAAGGAUAGAUACUCCUCUAAGAUCAAUGAAGUUCUGGAGGGUAUUGGCGUAAAGUUAAACUUGAAGAAUUAUGUUAACAAAUUAAGAGAAGACUCUGCUCAGGAUCAAAAUGAAAGAGCACAUCCACAUGAUAUGCACAAUAAUCCUCUGGAAAGAUACCCACAAAGAGUAGAAAGGACGAGCAAUCGAGAUGAUAUACCCAAGUUUGAAGAUGAAUAUGAAAUUAACAGCAGGAGAACUGAUCCUAACUGCUUGGAACCUCCAGGUGGUUAUGGCGAUCGCGAUUUAUAUCCGACAGGUCAGAAGUACCCCAAUCUAAAUAAUCCAAAUGUUAUGCCACAUUUGCCCAAUAAUCAAGGUGGUAUGGUAUUUGAUCCUUUUGGUGACAGGAAUCAUGUCAGAAACCCAAGAGAUAUGCCUCCCGGUUGGAUACCUGGUGCUAAAUUUGAUGAUCCAUAUGGUAGACCGCCAUCUGGUUUCCCUGGUGGCCCCAGCAGUGGCCCUGGUGGUUUUGGCUCUGGCGGUUUUGGCUCUAACGGAUUUAUUUAA